AUGAAAACUACAAAGAGAAGAACUGAUAGGGAACUAGAACACUCCAAAGAUGAUAUUUUAAACAAAAAACAAGAAGAGAGAACCAAGAAAAGUGUGUACAGCGUGUCCACACCACGAAAUUUCAUACAGAAAUCAUCCACCGCUGAUAUAUACGCGGGAAAAGACGCGGUUAAAGCACCAAAAAAGAUCGCAUCAAAUAGAAACAGUGAUGUAUCACCAAUGAAGGAUUUACUUAAAUCAUCAUCUUCAUCAGUAAGCCAAAUAAGCACAAGUAGUAAAAACAAAACGCCUGCCAAAAACUCGAAAGCAAUUCCGCUGUCAGCCAGAUCUGCAGUUAAUUCUAUUAAGGCGCCGAACAGAAAGUUACCUUUAACGAACGUAACAGUAAAUUCUCCGAUAGUCAAACGUAAAUUGAAUCUAGAUGACGAAGGAGCUAAAGUUUUACAUAAAACUGAGAGUAAAGUCGCGAGAAAAAGAGAGAGAACGAAUACAAGAACUUUAGACGAAGCUGAAAUAAAAGUUUUAACAAGUGAACUGGUCGAUAAUAAUACGGAGCUAUUAAAAUUGAACAAGAAAUUAAGCGCUCAGCCGAAAGCAUUUUUUAUUGAUCUAGAAGACAAGAAAACAAAAGAUAAAUCCAGUGGCGAAGAAGUUAGUUAUGAAGAUGAUUUUGAGAGCUAUGAAUCGGAUUUCGAUUCUUAUCACAGUGAAUCGAAUCGCAGUUCCACUGGUGAUGUGGAUUGCAGUGAUGAUGAUGGAAGUGAUAAAAAUGUUCAUCACGAAUCAUCAUCUAAGGAGGAAAGCAAAUUGGAUUCCGGUAACUUCGACCUCCCGGAACGGAAUAAAGAUAGGAUAAAUCCCAUGGAAUAUAUAGACGAGGGUCCGGAGAGUUAUAAGAAGAUUUCUCUCACCGAUGAAGGCUUCCAGGAUAUGUCAUCGGGAAUGUCCAGUAUGAAGACCCUGCAUGUGGAUAUAUUAGACAGACCUCUAUUCAUUGAUUUCACGAAAUCCAAAGCGAAUAGAAAGAGACGGAAGAUAUUUGAAAGGCUGAAAAGAAGAGCAGAAGACAUCUUGAGUAUGGUGAAAUUUCAUGAAAUUUCGUAUAAUUUGUUUGAAAUGAAACCUAUCCCAUACGAAUUAUAUAUGGCGAGUUAUGGACGGUACAAUUAUAUACAGACAUCCGUGCAAACAUUUGAUGAUGGGGUCUCAGAAGAGGUUCAAACCGAGGAGGUUUUAUGUAGCACCAAAUGGACCCAGCAUCCAAUAGAGUUUUCCAAUCAAAUAAUACAUUUAAAUGAACAGGACCACUCAAAUAACUCGACCCAAAAAUUCAACAACAAUAAUAUGAUGAAUGAAGCCAAUAUUAUAGAUACAUACAUAAAGAAUCCUUUAAGAAUAUAUUUCGAGCAAAAAAAUGGCGCUGGCAACGAUAAAGUGUUGCCAUAUAUUGAAUAUAGAAAUAAAUUAAAGAAGAAUCAGUAUGAUGCUAAUAAAUUAAGGAAAUUCAUGAAGAGGGUAGAGUCUAGGGUAUUUAAUGUCUUAAGCAAGAACGCUGGCAACAUUAAUAUGUCGAAUUUAGUGAAGACAUCAAAAUUUCCAUUCAGCAGCGGUUAUAUGUCUAUAUGCACGAAAAGUUUGAAUGAGAAAUCAUUAUUGAAAGACACUGAAAUAACGGGCGUGGUUUUUUCUGAUAGUAAAAGCAAUUUGAUUAUAACUAUACAUAAGAAGUGUACUGCGGGCGUGUUCAAGGAUAAAUGUGCGUUGUGUCUUUGGGAUUUGAGUGUAGCGAGAGUGGAACCAUUGAAGAUAUUAAUGGCAUCUGAUAAUGUCAAAAUUGGUAAAUUUAGAGGCAGUACUGAUGGAUACUUCGUUGGGGCUUUGGAAGAUGGUUCCAUAAAUCUCUGGGAUUUAUCAGAAGAGGCAUGGUGGAGUAAUGACGUUACUACUUUAGUUGAUGAUAGUGUCAAAGAAUCAAAUCUAACUCAGUGUGAGUUAGACAGAGAAUGGAACUUGAGGAAUAACAGCAAUUAUCUGAAGCAACAACAGUAUAUCCUACAAGUCAGCGCAUUUACCAGCAGUGGUAUAAACGUUUGCGAAGACAUCUCUGUAGAUAGAAUCGUGGGCUUAGAAUUUACAGACUACACAGGUUCAAAUGGAAGUGAUGUUAUUGGACAGAUUUGUUCUCUACAACGUAUAGGUAUUUUGACGAUCUGGUCAAUAAUUAGGGAGAGGAGGAUAAAAUCGGACAUCGGUAAGGCUUUGUGGUCCAAAAUUAAAUUAAAGAGGUCCCAAGUAAUAGUUCUAUCCGAACAUCUAGAGGCUAAUAGAACGAUUGGUGCCGAUUUCAAUUUAAAUUCGGCCAAGAAAAGAAUUGCAGCUAGGAAACGGGAGAAAAAUAUUAUUAAACGGCAAAACUCGCGACCGAAAUCUAGUUCUACACUCCAAUCUGAUAAGACAAAUAGUGUUGCCAUCGAUAAAAUUGAUACGAAUUUUUGGGUGAAUGGAAUUAUUUGCAGCGAUUUGAAAAUAAUACAUCUGAAAGUGGAUAACUAUCUGAUUGGGAAGAAUUUUGGUGAAGUACUGUGUUGUAUGAAGAAGCUGGGUGCAGUUAUAAUAAAUAGAUUUCCAGUAGCUAGCUCAUCAACCAUGAUUACGUGCUUGCAAACUACAAAACUACCCUAUUUUCUGGCGGCCACCGAUACUGGAACCAUCAACUUGUGUUCUCUCAUAGAUUACAGAGUUCUACUUACGUUGGAUUGCAGAAAUAUAUCAACGCCCUCAACAGAAAAAUGUCUAUCCGACAACAAGGGCAGGUUCGUUGAAAGCAGAACUCUCAAAUACACACCAAUAGAUGGCAAUCCAAUAACAUCUUUAUACUGGUCAUACACAAAUCCUCUCCGUAUUCUGUGCGUGCAGUCUAAAGUCUGUGUGUGGUCGCUAGCACAGAGUGAUGUAAACGCCCUCUGUGCAGACCGCGCCCUGUGCUGUGCUGGCAGCGAUAGAGCUUUUGUGACCUGGGUAACUCCGUAUCCUGACAAAACACCAAUAAACAGUAACCUGACUAUCAUCGAUGUCAGCUUUUUGACUGAAUUCUCUCAAUCCAUGGAAAACAAGGUGACGAGUUUGUCUGACAUCAAAACAUUGACACGCAAUAUAUCGACAGCAACUACUCAUCAUUCUGAAUUUAGAUCAGCCCUGGUGAAGAAUAAAUAUGACGCUGUCGUCACAGAAUGGUUUUUAUCAGAUAUGGAAGCUGGAUAUGCAGCUAUCCAGCAAGCUCCUUGGAUUCUGUUCAGCGGCGUCAUCUACCAUCCACACUUGGAAUAUCUCAUUGACACCACACGCUCCAUCCCAGUUCAUCCCACAAUGAUAUUUCACUUCCCUAUCCCAAUGAACUUUCUACAGAGGUGUUUAAACACUCUCAUUUAUGUCAUAAUGAAAUUGGAUUCUAUUAAGGAAUCAUUUGUCCACGCGUCUCUAUACAACGAGUGGUUCUCCCCACUAGCUGAAGCCCGCGGAGUCACUCUCCCUCCAUUUUCAGAAGCUGUUCAUAAUAUAUCAAUAUUAUUUAUUAAUUCUCAUCCAUCAUACUCCACACCGAAUGUUCUUCCACCGAAUGCUAUAGAAAUCGGAGGAUUCUUUGUUGAUGAAGCACAGGAGUUGCCAAAGGAUCUCAAAAAUCUCGUUGAUGGAUUCCAACAAGGUUUUAUUUACUUCAGCAUGGGCUCGCUGCUAAAAUCCUCCAACUUCCCUCCAAAGAUGAAACAGGAACUGAUCAAAGUUUUGGGAGAACUUCCCUUUCCCGUUUUAUGGAAAUACGAAGAAGACAUCGAAAACUUACCGAAAAAUAUACACGUGAGAAAAUGGAUCCCUCAAGUUAGCAUACUAGCGCACCCGAACAUCAAACUCUUCAUCAGCCAUUGCGGUCUGCUGAGUUCUUUGGAGGCUCUUCAUCAUGGAGUACCGAUGCUAGCUGUUCCAGUAUUUGGUGACCAGCCACAUAAUGCUGAUACCGCGACAAGAGAGGGACGAGCUAUUAGAGUUAAUUUCGAUGAGAAUUUACCAGAAAAUUUGAAGAUAGGCCUGAAGCAAAUAUUGAGCGAUGACAAAUAUAACCAGCGAGCCAAGUACCUGUCUAAAUUGUUUAGGAAUCGUCCCGUAUCGCCUGCGUCGCUCAUUGUACACUACAUUGAACUGGCUAUUGAGACGAAAGGAGCUCAACAUCUUCGCUCAAAAGCUCAACUAUACUCCUGGUACCAACUUCUGAUGCUGGACCAACUAGCUGUCUUCAGCAUCAUCUUCUAUUUAAUAUUCAAGAUGAUCAAAAUGUUUAUAGGAUUAGUAAAGAAAUUGUUUAAAAAUGAUAAGAAAAAAACUGAAUAG